AGAGGAGGGGCGUGCGUUCGCUCAUUUUAGGAGUACUGCAUGUCGUCUGUGGUUCAACUUGUGCAUGGAAUUAUUAAGAACUGUUUACAUUUUUGAAUAUACUUUUUUGAAUAGGGUAGGCUAUAUUAUUUGGGAAAAUUCAGGCUCAUGUAACGCUGUAUUAGAAUCAAUAGGCCUAUCGGUGGAGUGAAAAAGUAGGCUUACAUGUUCAAGUCCGCGCGCCGUCAAGAGUUUGGCAAUGCAGUCAGAGCCAAAUGAGAGAUUCGUGAUCUAUUUCCAUUAGCUCAAACAGUCUCCUCAGAGAUCUGCAGCUGGUCUCAAUAAGGAUGACAUUGUCCAACAAUCAGACCUGGAGGUAACCCAAAGACGUCAGUGCUUCCUUCUCUCUGUGUCCCAGUUUGGAGAUGGUCCACUGGGCCACCCAGUGGUUGACAUGUGUCUGGCUCCAGACUAUCCUGGCCUCCGCGUUGGACACCUGUCCCUCCACAGCCCCUAGCCCUGUCAACUUCUCUGUGGCCUACACCAUGCCCUUCUUCCAAACAAAAAGCCCCAUCCAAAACAUAGUGACCAACUCAAUGUACCAGGAAGUGUAUGUUGCAUCUCAGAAUGUGGUCGAAGCUGUGAACAUGAGUUUGGAGAAGGUGUGGGAGCUUCCUACAGGCCCUGUGGGCAGCCCUGAGUGUAAGAUUUGCAAUUUGUGUGAUGUUGACAAGGAUCCCAACUUCCUAGAGAACACUGACAAUGAGGUAUUGUUGUUGGAUACGUUCUUUAUGUAUUUAUAUUCUUGUGGGAGUUCUCAAUAUGGUGUGUGCCAUUUUCACCAACUUAAGACAGAUGGACAAGCACCCAAUAAGAAUUCUUCAAAAUGUUUAUUCAGAAAAGAAUCUAACUCUGCUGCCUAUUGCCCUGACUGCCUUGCCAGCCCGCUGGGCACCAAAGUCACCAUGGUGGAGGAGGGGCAGACUGUAUACUUUUUUGUGGCUGCCACUGUCAACGAAAGUGUUACACAGAGAUAUGGCAGGAAGUCCAUAUCAGUGCGCCGACCAUUGGCAACAGAAGAUGGGUUCUACAGCGAUGUGCGGGGACUGACCGUUCUGCCUAACCUGCGCAGGACCUACAACAUUGAGUAUGUCUACAGCUUCUUCACCCAGGAGUUUGUCUACUUCCUGUCCGUCCAGAGAGAGAGCCCUGACCAGGAGUUCUCCCCGUUUCAGACUAGGCUGGGCCGCCUGCCGAGGAGCGAGUGGGAGAUGAGAAGGUAUCGGGAGGUGGUUCUGGAGUGCCGUUUCGAACCCAAGCGGAGGAGGAGGAGGAACACGGUGAGCGGGAGCGAGGCCUUUAAGGAUGUGGUUUACAAUGUGGUGCAGGCAGCCCACUUUGGGAAGGCAGGCAGGGAGCUGGCAGAUGAACUAGGGGCAGAGGAAGAGGAUGACAUCCUGUAUGGAGUGUUCGCUGUCACAGAUGACAACGGGGUCACAGAGCACGACUCAGCCCUCUGUGCCUUUCCCAUGGACAACGUGAACAAGGCUAUCGAUGACGGGGUGGAUGACUGCUGUAAGUCCGGCCCAGAGCAGCUGUCCCGGGGACUGUGCCACUUCCAGGCCUGCGAGAGCUGUCCUCAUGAGAGCAUGGAGAACAACGCCACCUGCAGGGACCACCCCAGCAUGGUGUCUAAGCCUUAUUACAGAGUGGACCUCUUCAACAAGCAGAUGAAUGAUGUCCUGCUCACCUCACUGCUGGUCACCACCAUUGAGAACAAGACCGUGGCACACAUUGGCACCUCCACUGGACGGCUCCUGCAGCUUGUUUUGAGAAGAUCAAGCCCUACUAUCUUUGCUAAUUACACCUUGGUAGAGAACCAGAGGGUCUCCUCCAUUGCUGCUGUGUACUCGUCAGAAUCUCUACUCUUUGUGGUUGGAGACAAGGUGAUCCAGGUGCCUCAGAGGGGGCCAGGCUGCCAGCACUUCAUGACCUGUGCAAUGUGCCUGAUGGCCCCUGAGUUCAUGGGCUGUGGCUGGUGCUCUGGAGUGUGCUCUUGGAAGGAGGAGUGCAGUGGCCGCUGGAGGAAUGAGUCUUGCCCCCCUGGUAUCACCGGGUUCUUCCCCAAGAUGGCUCCCCCUGAUGGUCAGUCAGAGCUGACUCUGUGUGGCUGGGAGUUCCAGUCUCCCCUGAGGCCUGCCAUCAGCUCCAGAACCCACCUGGUCAGACUGGGACAGACAGCCUGUGCUGUGCUGCCACUGAAGAGCAACAACACACACCUGGUGUGUAAGAUUCACUCUGGGACCAUUGAGCUGUCCAAACCAGUUAACAUCACUGUAAAGGUGCAAGAGGGGAAGGUGGAGGGCCGCUACUCCAUCGACGGGAACGCGGAGAUGCCAGGAUUUACCUUUGUGAUUCCCAACAUCACAGAGAUCCAGCCCAACUACGGGCCUCGUGUUGGGGGAACUCUGAUCACUGUGACUGGGCCUCACCUGGACGCUGGGAAGACCAGAAGGGUCACUCUGAAUGGAGAGCCCUGCCCAAUCACCAGUGUCACAGCGCCCAGAGGGAACAUGUCCUCCAUCAUCUGUCUGUCUCAGCCCAUCUCGGAGGUGAGGGACGUCCCCCUCAGUGUGUUCAUAGACAAGUCCCCCGUCCUCACCACCAAGGUCUUCUACUACAAAGAGAACCCCGAGGUCACAGCCGUCCUCCCAGACUGUAGUUUUGACAGGGGGUCAAAGAUAAUCAUUGAGGGGAAGAACUUGGACUCUGUAUACAGGACCAUCAUCCGCUUUAGGCCCAAUGAGAGCCACCUGAAGCCUGUCACCAGAGAGUGCAAAGGCAAGUCGUUGCCCACACGGAUGGAGUGCAUAACCCCUGCUUUCCCCCGGGAAGAGACAGAGGAAGGGGAGCUCUCCUUUGAUAUGGAUGGAGCUGUUGGACUGUGGAAUGGAGAGUUCUCCUACCACCCCUAUGGCGAGCCAAUACCCUUUGAAACUGACGGCCAUGUACUUAGGCUGUAUGCUGGACAAGAUGAAGUGUCACUACAUCACCAGAAACUGAAUCUUGUGAGUUCCUGCAUGACAAUCACUAUGACAGUGGGAGGAGUGGAUUGUGACGCGAAAGUUCUGGACAAUGAAAUCACCUGCAGGAUCCCUAGAAACGUAACCAUCAGUGGACUGCCUGUGAAGAUUUCCAUCAAUGGGCAGGUUCACAACGUUGGGACAGUGGUCCUGGUCAGUAACCACUACAUGGUGGGCAUCGUACUGGGGAUACUGGGGGCCCUGGUGGCGGGGGCCGUGCUGGCCUUCGUAGUCAUGAAGCACCUGAGGAAGCAGAAGAAAGCCUCUCAGGUGGAGACCCGUUUGGCUCAUAACCACAACCGCCCCGGCAGCAGUAGUGUGGAACUGUCACCUGUAGGGGACUACAGAAGAGUAGUCCUGCCUCAGAGGCCAAGUUUGGCUCUGGGAAGCACAGUGGUGUUCCCCAGCCCGGCCUAUGCUGCAGGCAGCAUGGACCCCACCCUCACCCCCCUCAUGCCCCCUGAGAAGAUCUCCAUCUCCAGCUUUAGACCAGAGCUCCUGGAGGAGGUGAAGGACGUGCUGAUCCCAGCAGACAUGCUCAUCGUCCAGCACCACCAGAUUAUCGGCAAGGGUCAUUUUGGCACAGUUUACCAUGGCUACUUCACAGACCAUAACAACAGAGAAAUCCACUGUGCAGUCAAGUCAUUGAACAGGAUAACAGAUGUAGAAGAGGUAGAGCAGUUUCUAAAGGAGGGCAUCUUGAUGAAGGGGUUCCAUCACACCAAUGUUCUCUCUCUGCUGGGCAUCCUGUUGCCUCAGGAGGGGCUCCCCCUGGUGGUACUACCUUAUAUGAAGCACGGGGACCUCCGCCACUUCAUACGCUGUGAGAAAAGGAACCCCACGGUGAAAGACCUGAUUGGCUUUGGGCUUCAGGUUGCCAAGGGGAUGGAGUACUUAGCACAUAUGAAGUUUGUGCACAGAGACCUCGCAGCACGCAACUGCAUGCUGGAUGAGUCGUACACAGUGAAGGUGGCAGACUUCGGCAUGGCCAGGGAUGUGUUCGAUAAGGAGUACUACAGUGUUCAGGACCACAGGAAGGCCAAGCUACCAGUCAAGUGGAUGGCCAUUGAGAGCCUACAGACACAGAAAUUCACUGCCAAGUCAGACGUAUGGUCCUUUGGGGUGUUGAUAUGGGAGAUGUUAACCAGAGGAGCAAGCCCCUACCCAGAGGUGGACCCCUAUGACAUCACACAUUACCUGCUGAAAGGCAGGAGACUCCCCCAACCACAAUUCUGUCCUGACCCUUUGUAUGCCAUCAUGCUGCAGUGCUGGGACCCAGACCCAGAGAUGAGACCCAGCUUCGCAACGCUGGUGUCUGCUGUCCUGACCAUCCUGUCUGGCCUUGAGGGGGAGCACUACAUCAGCCUCAAGGUCACCUACGUCAAUCUGGACCAGCCACGCCCCUACCCUGCCCUCACAGAGUCCGCAGAUGAGUGUGAUUCCUCAGACACUGAAGACACACGCUCAAUGUCCUCCUGAUGUCACAUCAGGACAGGUACAUGUAAUACAGUAUGGCUUGGUGCUAUGAGCACAAGGGGCUCAGUUAGAAAGUCAAACUAAAGGUCGUCGGUUAUCCUGGAGAAAAUGACUUGUCUUUUACUACCUAGUGUUGAAAGUGUAGGGACUUGAAUGGUCCUCCCCCAUUCACAUUAUAGUAUAUUACCUGAGAAAGCUUUUGGUAAAUAAUAACGGAUGUAAUGUCUAUAUGUUUUCUCUUAAUUUUUUUGAGAUGUAGUAAUUAUACUGUAUAUUUUGGAUCAUAAUUUUACCAAACAAAAUGUACCCUAAUGUUUUAACAGUGAUCUGUUAUUAUUCUGUUACUUUUAUUUCAUGCACAAUGUGUUUUAGAUAGUGUAAUAAAUUAACAUAUUUAUUUGUAAAUAUACUCUUGUUCCUGUGAGAUUUGAGAAAAAGGCUCAUUUAUGUAAAAUUCCAAUAUGAUAAGAUAUUAAUUUAUGUAAUUUAAGUUUUAACAUUUUCUACAUUAGCUUCUUCCCAUGUGGUGGUUUCACCCAUCGUCACUCCACACUUACAGUAGAUCAGAGACAACUGACACUUGUGUAAACUGUCACUGGUAAAUAUGCAGCUGGGAUAUGCAAAAAACACAUUUCCAAUUCACACGUGUAUAAUUAAACAUGUACAUGUGUGAAAUAGGACAAAUAUAAGCACCCACCAAAUUAUAUAUAUUUUUUAAUGAGUCCAUCAGGAUAUUAUUACUGUCAUUGAGAAAGGCUUCCACUAGAGGCCAGUGUUCUACUAUAUUUAUGGAACGCUGGAGAAAUAUGGAGAAAAUUCAGCACUACUAAUAUGUGAAUCACGUUAUAUGAACACCAUAAAGUAACAUAGAAAUAACUCACUGAAAAACAUGUAGUAAUGGUGUACAUACCAUAUGGAUAAUAUCCUUUCCAUACUUUAAAAUUGCAUAUCUAUCUGUCUUUGUGAGUGCACACAGUGGUCAUUAAGCCAAUUAGAUUUGGCUGUUGUCAUGAAUUAAUAGGAAGAACAACCAUAAAACACCCAUCCAAAGAUGAGCUGUAUUUCUGUGGAAAGUAGCAACAAAUGUCACACAACAGUCCUGCUUCUUGCACACAAAAGGAAUCCAAGACAAAUAAAGAGGGAAAUUAACAAAAAAAUCAAUGUUUUUUCCAAGCUACAUAAGAACAAAAGUGAAUUCCCAGAUGGCGGGACAUUUGAUUAUUUCUAAGAAAAGCGCACAUUGUAAAAAAUGUGCCUGGGUGCCGGGGAGGGUAACACCCAGUAGGGCAGAACCAUGGGUUUUACAGGAGAAGGAGGGGGUGAAGAAUCUCUGUCUCUCUCCACCACACUGCCUGCCUGUCUGUGUGCUAAUGCUGCAGCCACUGUGAAACCUGGCUUCAACACACCCAACUUAACCUGCAUGCCUCUCCUUUUGAUCUUUAUCUGACUGAGAACCUCUGUAGGUUCAAUGCUGGGUCUCUUAUCAUACAGUGAUUCUUCUCUCCAUGUGCAGGCAAUACACAUCCAAUAAAUAU